UGUAACAAUGAGCUAACAAGUUUUACGUUCCGAAAUCCAGACAUGUAUUUAUAAAACUACAGUAGUUGAGCGUUUUACCUGGCUAACACCUCGCGUUAUAUUAUGGAAAACGCCUCCAAGUCUAAGACUUUAACCAAUUUAUGCGUCCUCGUCAACGGUUUAACAAGAUAGCAGAAACCAGCUAACCAUAAGUUAUGAAGCUAUAAGAAAAGUUGUGAACUCUUAACUAAUUCAAUUAGGAAGAAGGUGUUCUGAAUUUUUAUAACAUAAUGGAAAAGUGUGUUGUGUUCUGUGUGUUAUUGCUGUGUUUUAUAGUGUGUUCAGCCGUGGAGUUAACUUUUCACGUGGAUGAAGAACAAGAUAGAGGAACACUCGUCGGAAGGAUUUCCGAUUCCUCGGACCUACAAAAGCUGCUAUCGGUUGAGGUUUUGGGAUCUCUGAAGUACAGCUUUUUAGUGCAGGGUUAUCCUCAUAGUGUUUUAUUUACAAUUGUCAACAACACUGGUCUUGUUUACACGGCUCAAAAACUUGAUCGGGAAUUACUGUGCGGAUUUUCGGACACGUGUAUUUUGGAUUUGGAAGUUGCCGUACAGUCUACGAUCAGUCAGUUUUUCCGGAAGGAGCGAGUAAAAGUUGUCCUUAACGACAUCAACGACAACCGACCCGAGUUUACUAGUUCGUCUAUAAACGUGGAGAUAUCCGAAUCCGUUUCUGUGAAUUCUUCGUAUCAACUUGAAGCUGCAGUGGAUAGAGACAUCGGUAAUAAUUCUUUAAAAGGUUACGAACUAGUUUCAAAUUCUGACAUUUUCGACCUCAGAGCAGUUCAGACUCUAGAUGGAGGGUCGGUUGUCAGCUUAGUGGUCACUAAAUCACUUGACCGUGAAAAAAGAGACAGGUAUAAUGUUACAGUUGUGGCCCAUGACGGAGGGUCGCCGUCCUUGAGUAGUUCUCUGUCAGUGAUUAUUAAAAUCAAAGACGUCAAUGAUAACCCGCCUGUCUUCUCGUCACCAACGUUCAAUGUCACCGUCACCGAAACUAGCACUGUCAACACUGUAGUCGUUACUUUAACCGCAACUGAUGCAGAUACUCCACCAAACGGUGUAGCUUUCUAUCGCUUCAGUCCACUGCUGAGAGGUGGUGUAACGGAUUAUUUCCGUAUUAACGAAACGACGGGAGUCCUCUCCGUCCGUUCCUCCCUAAAUGACAUUCAAGGAAAGACCAUGAAAGGCGUUGUUGAGUGUUUGGACCAUGGUUCUCCACCUCUCAUAGCUCAAGCAUUAGUGAUAAUAAACAUAGAAGACACAACUAAUAACCGUCCGAGUAUCAAUCUAAAUUUACUCGCAGAUGGCGAAGUCUCCGAAUAUGCACAACCAGGAACCCCAGUAGCUCACAUCGCGGUACUGGACCCGGACACUGGGAGAAACGGAAUUGUGAGAUGUUCAUUAAUAAGUAGUGCGUUUGAGUUACAAGGGUUGGACGUAGAUGAGUAUAAAAUAAUCGUAGCUAGGACCAUUGAUAGGGAGCGAGAAAGUUCAUUCAAUGUAACAUUAACUUGUUUUGAUGCUGGUGAUCCUCCAAUGAAUAGAAGUAUAGUCUUCCCUGUCCAUGUCAAAGACGAAAAUGAUAACAGUCCCAUAUUUUCUCGAGGUGAAUACCUAGCUAAUAUUACAGAAAAUAAUGAGAUUGGUGAGGUAAUUUUACAAGUCUCGGCCAGUGACUGGGAUACAGGCUUGAAUAGCAAGCUUAGAUUCUUCUCACCGGAGGGUGAUAAAUUAGGCGUCUCUGUCAACGCUAAUGGGCAAAUAAUCGCUGAGAGGAAAUUCGAUCGUGAAGUGGAGCCAAACCUUAGGUUUAAAGUUUUUGCUGCUGAUAUGGGGCUACUUUCCAGGACAUCCAAUACCUUGGUGGAAAUCACGAUCCUGGAUGUUAAUGAUGCUACUCCAACGUUUUCAACUUCUACUUACGUUUUCAGCGUUUUUGAAAAUCAAAAGUCCAACACAGCAAUUGGAACUGUCACAGCCCACGAUGGCGACGAAGGUGUCAAUAAAGAAGUCCAGUAUUCAAUAUUUCGAGAAAAGAGUGAUGAUAAGGACAUCCCUUUCAUUAUUACACCCAGUGGCGAAAUUUUAACUACGCGACCCCUAGAUCGCGAAAAGAAACGCAGAUAUGAGUUUGUUGUCGUAGCUACGGAUGGAGGUGAAUCGGCACUGCAUGGUUCAGCUACUGUUAUCGUUGAUAUCGAAGAUGAAAAUGACAAUAAACCUGUUAUUACGUUUCCAACAAAGUCUAACCAUUCAGUGGCACUUUCAUAUCUGACCCCUCCUAAUGCUCUUAUCCUUGCCGUUACUGCUACCGACGAUGAUUGGGGAGAUAACAGCCGAGUGUCUUAUCAUAUCGCACUUGGCACCGACCAGAAAUUAUUCCUGGUGGAUAGCGAAAUAGGUCUCGUUAAAACACGACGGGCUCUAACAACUGCAGAUAUAGGACCACACAACUUAUUCAUUCAAGUCAAAGAUGGCGGACAACCUUCGCGGAUAACUAACGUCACAAUCAAAAUCGACAUCGUCGUUUCCAAUGAAACUAUGCUUUCAUCUAAAGACAACGAAGAAAACACACUGGUUGUCAUUAUUUUGGGAACAUUAACAGGGGUCAUUGCGGUGGCUGUCAUUAUCACCAUCGUUAUCAUUAGAAAAAUUGACAAUAGAAAGAAGCACGAGCAGGAUAUGCUGACGGCCAAUCAGACGACCAUUAAUCCCGAUGAUGUAAUGAAACUCAGUGGACCGCAUUACGUCAUCAAAAGUGGGGAUGUGUCGUUUGACUCAACACAUAGUUCCAGUAUAAAUGGUUCCAAUGACAGUGCUGAUAAAUUACUCAGAGAAAGAGAAACAGAUUUACAGCGUGUAAUUUCAUUGGUAAUGUUUAAAGUAAAUAUUUGUCGAAAAACUAGAAUUACUACCCUUUGUUUCGUUUUAUGA